CCCUUCUCCAGCAACGUGAUCGCGCCGCCCAAGUUCCCUCGCGCGGCCCCGCUCACUUCUAAGUCCUGGAUGGAGGAUAACGCUUUCCGGACCGAUAAUGGUAACAAUCUGUUGCCAUUUCAGGACCGGAGUAGGCCCUAUGAUACUUUUAACUUGCACUCGUUGGAGAACUCCUUAAUGGAUAUGAUAAGGACUGAUCAUGAGCCUCUGAAAGGUAAACACUACCCUCCCAGUGGCCCACCAAUGAGUUUCGCUGAUAUAAUGUGGAGGAAUCAUUUUGCAGGACGCAUGGGGAUAAAUUUCCAUCAUCCAGGAACAGAUAAUAUUAUGGCACUUAACAGUCGAUCUUCUCUCUUUCCCUUUGAAGAUGCCUUCCUGGACGACAGCCACGGCGAUCAGGCCUUGUCAUCUGGCUUAAGUUCUCCCACUCGCUGUCAAAAUGGGGAACGAGUAGAACGCUACUCUAGAAAGGUGUUUGUUGGAGGCCUUCCUCCUGAUAUUGAUGAAGAUGAGAUCACUGCCAGCUUUCGCAGGUUUGGACCUCUCGUGGUAGACUGGCCUCACAAAGCUGAAAGCAAGUCGUAUUUUCCUCCUAAAGGCUAUGCCUUUCUGCUGUUCCAGGAGGAAAGCUCAGUACAAGCUUUGAUAGAUGCCUGCCUGGAAGAAGAUGGGAAACUGUACCUGUGUGUGUCAAGCCCCACCAUCAAGGAUAAGCCAGUGCAAAUUCGACCAUGGAACCUAAGUGACAGUGACUUUGUAAUGGAUGGUUCUCAGCCUUUGGACCCCAGAAAAACUAUCUUUGUUGGGGGAGUUCCACGACCCCUUCGAGCUGUUGAACUGGCAAUGAUCAUGGACCGUUUGUACGGUGGUGUCUGCUAUGCUGGCAUUGAUACGGACCCAGAGCUGAAGUACCCCAAAGGUGCUGGCCGCGUGGCAUUCUCCAAUCAGCAGAGUUACAUUGCAGCCAUCAGUGCUCGUUUUGUGCAGCUUCAGCACAAUGACAUUGACAAACGGGUUGAAGUAAAGCCAUAUGUGCUAGAUGAUCAGAUGUGUGAUGAGUGCCAGGGCACACGCUGUGGUGGGAAGUUUGCCCCGUUCUUCUGUGCCAACGUCACCUGUCUGCAGUAUUACUGUGAAUACUGCUGGGCGAGCAUACAUUCCCGAGCCGGGCGGGAGUUCCACAAACCGCUGGUGAAGGAGGGAGGCGACCGCCCUCGUCACGUCCCGUUCCGCUGGAGCUGAGCCACGGCCGACCCAGCCACAGUACUGGAGUAGAUAACAAGGAGGGGAGAGAGAGGGCACUGCCUCAGGGCUUACAGUGUUCUGGAAAUCUGUGCAUUCGUUCUUGAUUUUUAAAGAAGAAUUGGGUCUUUUUAUUAUUAUUAUUAAUUAUUAUUAUUAUUAUUAUUUACAGUCAUAUUACUGAACUCAGUGUCCAGUAUAAUGCAGAAUUGCAGAGUGUAGAAUGGUACUGAUUUGCACUUUGAUUCACACCUUUGUCUGCUUGGUACCUUAAUUUUUUAUACCUGAUUUGUCACUCGUGACAGUAUGUAGGCUGCCAUUCUCAUUAGCGGCCGUCAGGCUACUGUCUGUGAUUCUUUUGUUUGUUGCUGUGGUGGUGUUGUUCUGAUUGUUUUGAACUGGAGCAUGCACUUAUUUUCAGAAACUUAGAGAGUUGCCCCUAGAACAAGACUUACCAAAGGUAAUACUCGUGAGUAGGUGGCAGAUGUAGCAAAAACUUCACAACAAUUCAGAAUCAUUAGUUCGGGUCACUUAGAGUAAGGAUAACCCUUCAUGAAAAUAAGCCUUUAGUUGCUCUCUAUUUUGACUUGUAAGGAUACCUCAUAAGCUGGAUCUUUUAUUUUUCCUUCAUGUUUGAUUUUUGUUUUGCCGAGGAUUUUGGUUAGAUCUUUUAGUAUUAUGUAAAUUUAUGCUGCAAUAGCUUUUGCUGCUAUUAAAAUGGUAUUAUUAAUACCAUAAUACUCUAUUCAGGCUAAGAUAUCAAUUAAACACAAAAACCCAACAACACACUUUUGUGAUUUUAGGGAUAGAGUCAGCUGCCGAAAGGAGAUCAGAAUAGACUUCAGAAAGCUUCGGUGGAAGGUCACUAUUUCUGACUGCAUGUUUACUUAAUCAGGUUGCUGCAUGCAAUAAAUUUUAUAUCCAAUGUCUAGUAUAAAACGUUCCCACAAUGCACAAAUUAAGAAUCUAUAUAAGCUAUAAAAUACUCAUUUUUUUAAAAAAGUUUUUUUCAUUCAAAGAAUUGGUAAUUGACCAGAGGAAGGCAUGCCUCAGUAAAUGGAAUGCUCUGAAUGAGAAGAGCCCAUAACAGAAUGACCUAUAUUACAACCGAUAUAAAACCUAGGUGUAGGAUAUUCUUCAAGCAAAUUUGUGGAUGGUAGAUGAAGUACUUUGCGGUGCUCUGUUAUAUAUUGUGCAAUUUAUUUUAUAUAGUAAAGUGAUUAUGUCUAACUGUGAUCAAACUUAACUGUUUAAAGCCUCUGUCAGACAUUAACGAACUUGACAGUUCAUAACUGGUAUAUUAUAAACUAACACAUGAGCUCUUAGUUACAAUCUCUUAGUGCUUGCACCAUUUUACAUAGCUUCAGACCUUGUCCAGAAAACCAAAGAGCUCAUCUUAGCUUACAAACACUAAGAAUAUAUACAGGAUAUAGAGAUAAGUUGUCAGAUUGACAAACUAGGCACAUUUUUAAGAAAGUUGUGUAAUGGUGAUGCUAAAGAAAUGUCUGUACAAAAUAAGAUGGCCUGGGCAGAGUGGGUUGUCUGGGUGAGAAACUAACUACUUAAUUCCCUGGAUUUAUCCUGUUAAGCUUGAGUAGAAUGAAGGCCUGCUGGCACUAGCGUGGUCUAGAAUGAAGGCCUGCUAGCACUAGCGUGGACAUUUUUCUAGCAUUCACCCUUGGGCUGCAGAUAGUAAUAUAUAAACACACACAAUGAUUGCAAGACUAUGUAAAUCUUUUUUUAAUCUUCUUCCUAUGUUUUGGAAUUCUGGGGACAAUCUGACUGGAUAUGACACUGCAGAAUAGAUUUAAGUCGCUGUGUUUUCUG